CAAUUUGAACAGAGAAAUUGGUUUCUACUCUCGUGACUUACCAUGUCGUACAUUUAUCCUUGUGGUGAAUAUCUUCCGGCAGAAACUGCUUCAACUAUUUCUCCGUUCAAUCUGUUCAAGCUGCGCAACUACUUUCUAGAACAUGAUAUUGAGUUUAGAUAUAGUGUUUUUGAGGCUUUAAAGGAACCCAUCUUUCACUUUCGCUAUGGACUAAGUUUGGAAGAAGAAAGACUUUGGUUGAAAAAGAGAUGGGCAAGGUUACACGAACUUGGUUUUCUCAAAGGAACUUUAACUUCGGUAGACCCGAAAGUACGAAGUAAAUAUGACGCCUUUUUUGAGUGCAUAGAGAUGUAUGACCACUCUUUGAGUGUGGCUAUGGGUGUCCAUUAUGGCCUCUUUGGUUCGACUAUUGCAUUUUUAGGCACGGAAGAUCAAGUAAGAGAAUGGCUUCCCAAAGUGGAGGAUUGUAGCAUGUUGGGUUGUUUUGCACUUACAGAACUUGGCCAUGGUUCUAACGUCAGGGGCAUUGAAACUCAAGCGACGUACGACCCAGUCAGUCAAGAGUUUAUCAUAUUCACUCCUUGUGAAACUGCGCAAAAGUAUUGGAUUGGUGGUGCAGCGGAAACAGCUCGUUGGAGUACAGUAUUCGCACAACUCACAGUCAAUGGAGUAAACUAUGGAAUUCAUCCGUUCCUAGUUCAGUUAAGAGAUGACAACGGUCGAGUAUUGCCGGGUAUUACUAUUGCAGAUUGUGGACACAAGAUGGGUCUCAACGGUGUAGACAAUGGAAGAAUUUGGUUUGAAAAUGUUCGGAUACCACGAACAUAUAUGCUAUCUCGCUAUAAUUCUGUAUCUUCGGAAGGAAAGUAUUCUUCAGUCUACAAAACUGCUGACGAAAGGUUUGCUGCUCAACUUGGAGCGUUGACUGGUGGUCGUGUUAGUAUCGCGCUAUCUUCCACAAAUCAGUCGAAAAUUGGUCUUACUAUUGCAAUUCGUUAUGGUUUAUCUCGUCGCGCUUUUGGUUCCACCUCAGAAGGUCUGGAAGUUCCCAUUAUGGACUAUUUGAGUCAUCAACUUCGUCUUAUGCCUCCUUUAGCAGCCACAUGUAUCAUGAGUCUUUGUGCCAAUCGUUUAAGAAGUCGUUACCGUAACAGAGCAAAUGAAAAUUUGAAGGAGUUACAUAUAUGGAGUUCAGGAUUUAAGUCUCUCAUGUCGUGGCAGAUGAGAGACACUUUACAAGAAUGUCGUGAAGCUUGUGGAGGACAGGGUUACAAGAGUGAAAAUAGAAUCGGCAUAAUGAAAAGUACCUUUGAUGUUUUGUUGACUUACGAAGGUGAUAAUUUGGUUUUACUGCAGCAAGUUAGCAGAGCGGUCCUUAGUGACUUUUUGCGACAACUAAAGAAAGGCCAUUUUAUAGGCUCUCUUGCCUACCUCAAUUCGAAAGAUAUCUUCUCUGGAAAACUGCCUGAACAUAAUGAGGUUUCUAUUGAAUAUUUGCGCACUAUAUUUCGUCGUCGAGAAGCCAAUGCAUUAGCAACAUUGGCAAAGGAAUUGGCAAAUAGAGAGCACCAAGGCAAAUCUUCAUUUGAUGCUUGGAAUGCAUGUUUAGAUCUUGCGGCCGAAGCAGGUAGAGCACACACUGAGUUGUUGUUUGUAGAUUUAUCGGAAGAAAUAAUUUCUUCCAUAAAUGAGGAGGAUGCAUCUAUUGGAUCUGUUUUGAAAUUGUGUCAACAGCUAUUUCUAUUCCAUUUGGUUGACAAGCAAUCUGUAUUCUUGCGCACCUCAUGUCUUACCUCGAAGGAGGCAGAAUAUUGUCAUGAUAAGGUUAUCGAAUUGAGUAAACAACUUCGUCUUGUUGCGUUGCCGAUCGUGGAGUCUUUUGGAAUACCCUCACAUCUUCUUGGUCCCAUUGCGUUCAACUGGAUAGCCCAUAAUAGCCGAGUGCGACUUUGAAUAACGAAUUUCGGAUGGGUUCUGCUCAUAGAUAUAUAGUUGUUAUCUUUAUAUUUUGUUUGUGUUUCCAUAUUUUAAAAUAAAUAAGUUACCUCGUAAAUUGUAUAAGCAAUAUCUGAAAGAUAUGAACCAAGUUUGGGCAUGACUUGUAUUCUUUGAAGCUGUUUACAAGUAGGAGCUUUGUUUCCUCAACAAAAGAAUAUCCAAAGAUAGAAUACUCGUGUCAAAGAUUGGAAGACAUCUCUCAUAACUAUUUUAUAUUCCACCAACGCUGCACUCUAAAACUUGUUUUCUUCAAUCGCUGUAAAUGUCUAUAUUGUCAUUUUUUAUUGUCUUUUACAAGAAUGUAUAAAAAGCUUCCCAGAAAUGUAUUCUGUUAUGCAAAGUUUCCAUAGAUAUUCACAUUUUUGUGAAGAUGUCAGACAACUGGAGUUUGCCACAGGUCUGUGAAUUUCCUCAAAGAAGGAAAAUAUGCGAUACCUGUGAAAGACCGAGUAAGGUUUGCUUGUGCGAUGUUCUUCCUAAGGACAAAUUAGAUCA